CGCAACGUGGCAUGUGCUGACCGUCCUGACAAUCCUCAUAAACUUAACAUGGAAAUUGAUAAAGUUAUUGUUCACAGACACAACACAUCGUAAAAGGUAUUAAAGUAUUCUCCUCUCAACACAAAGAGUGGUCAUCAUGGACCCCAGAGGUCACCACUGGCCUACCUCACCUGGACCUGGCCCUGGUCGUCACACCCAAAGACCCAGAGAGAGGGAGGACUACCACAGACCUCCUCACUCUCACCAGGGGGAUGGCUCUGGGCACUUACCCACUACCACGACCUCCACCACAUGGGGCCGCUACCACUGGGCACUACCUACCACCACCACCACCUGACCCCAGGGAGAGGCAGUGGUUCCCAGGUUGGGUCCCAUCCAGACCUCAGGUACAGGGGCUACCUCACCAGUCCUCCACCCCACAGACCACUUCCAAAGUUCAGCCCUAACUCCUACGGCACCCCCCCACUCAAGAACAGCUUACGACAGACCCCACUCUACAAUGGGUUACAACAGACCAGAGCCACAACAAUCCAGACCCCACUCAAGGCCAGUAUACGACUAUCCACACCAAGGCUACUGGGACAACAGCCAAGACUAUGGCUACUAUGACCAAGGCUAUUACAGCCACCCAGGUCACUGGACUCCCCAGGAACAGUGGCGAUCUGACUUGUAUCAGGAGAGGAGAACAGCAGGACCAGACUGGGAGUGGCUACCCAGAACAACACAGGUAUGACCAGCGAGUAGCCAGCUCUCAACAUGACUUGAGAGGCUCUGAUGAAGAUCGUUCUAGAGAUAAUGGGGAGUCUGCUACAGAGACCCCCUGUUAUGCUCUUGGGGCUCUGGCAAGUUUCAAGGCGUCAGGCGUGUCCUCCAGUAGCUAUGAGCUGAGACAGUUCAUCAACGGUGCUGAACAGACUGAACCUGCCCCACAAGCCACCUGGAGCACAGCAGACACAGAGCAUGCAGCAGUUCCUAAGGCAACUGCCCCUCCGAAAUACUCUUUACCUCGUGCUCUGGUCAGCUUUGGUCCAGCAGUGCAGUUGAUCCGGGUCAGUCCAGGUCUGGCCAUGCAGGGAGACCCAGGGAAGGUGGAACUACACAGUCUGGAGGGAAGACCUGCACAAAGUAGAGGCCAUGUCUUUUGUCCACCAGAGGGCAGAAGCCUGCAUGACAAGGGCUCUGCCGGCCUCCUUUGGAAUCUACUUGUACUGCUGUUCAGCCAAAAUGGAGUAGGUGUACAUCUCUUCACGCUCUUAUAUUAGGUGAAACCCCUUUGUCUCAACACUCUUGAAAUAUCACAAAUUGGCCAAGAUGGUCCAAACUACACGCAACAAUCAUCUAUUGUUAUCCCAGUCUGUGGCAUUUGGAUUAGCAGCAUUAUCUGUGAAGCGCUGUGCCCACCCACAAACUCAUUCUAACAUUACCCUAUUUUUAAUCUCCCUGGAUUCAUUCAGCAUAUUGUUGGUUCAGACAUGGCAGAGCUGCUGAUGAGGAACUCUCAGGGCCAAGGUGGUUCAGGGGGUAGUGAAGGCUCAGAGGCCCCUACCCUAAUAGGUAGAGGACACAACACCACACGUACUGAGGAAGAUGUUUUGUGUCUACUGGACAUGUUAUGUUAAGUAAAAAAAAAAAAAUGCAAAUGAUGAAAAAUGUUACAUUUUUAUAGUUUUUAUAUUACCCUCUGUUUCUGCUGCUAAAGCCACUUUCUACCACUCUAAAUUCCAAGCAUCUGCCUCUAACCAUAGGAAGCU